UGGAUAUUUGUGAAUGCAACUUUCUUUGCAACAUAGUCAAUUUUUCCCCCAGGACUGACAUAUCCAAGCUUGCAAGAAAAUUUCAUGAGCUACACUUGGUCCUCAGGUCUCUUCCACAAUAUCCGUGGAUGCCUCGACACCCUCGCUUUCUCAGGACAACACAACCUAUUUUUACAACUUGUUCACACUUGAGCAGAAUGCUCUCUUAAUGCUCUCCUACUGCAAUAUCAUCAUGUUUUUCUUCUCAAAUGUGUAGAUCAGAGCACAAAUGCCAGAGAAAUACCGGUGUGUAAAAAUGCUUGUGACACUGGUUUAAGAAUCAUAUACUGAAUAGCACUGAUUUACACAGAUCUGUCCUCUCUCUCUCUCUGCUGAUCUCGAACCAGCCAAUCAAAAUGCCGUCCUUUUAUCUGCCUACUGUGAAGCCUAAAGUGUGCUCACACUGCCACACACUCACUUGUUUGUGUUAGCCAAGGACACCCUGGCGUUGCGCAGCGAAUCGAACAUUUUGGAUAUUUCUGUUAAGUGUGUAGCUAAUUUACCGUAACUUUGAUAUACUAAAGAUUACUGUAUAUCAUCCCAUAUGGAUAUCGUAAAUAUUGUGGCUUAAGAUGCAUCGUUUAUUUAGUGUAUACAUAAAUACUGAAAUCCUUUUAACACAUUCAGUCCUGUACGGCUGUCCUGAUAGUGUCGAACUGUUGAAAGAUUUAUAAUCCCGUUAUCGGGUUUCACACGGAGGAGGACGAGUUCCCUUUGUGAAUUCUGUUCCUCUCAAGGAUUCACCGCCACUGUCCCUCUGGCUUGGUCAUUAUGACGAUAUCAGUGACGAGUCCAUCGUACACAACCGAAUUCUUAUGACCGACGUAUUUUCUCUUCACAGAGAGGGAUGACAAAGCGUAAUUCUCACCAACACCAGCCUCUAUCAGCACAACCUGAUUGAUUGAUUUAUUGCUUUUUAAGCAACAAGGCUUUCCACAGCGAGACCAGAUAUAAGCCUACGUGUUACAAAACCAUCCAAAGCUUCUUACAAGACAGAAAUUCCAAAACACGCUCAGCUGGGGCUAAAGUUUUCCAACAAACAAGUCUGUGAAUAGAAGCAUUGUGUGAUCGUAAUCAAAGGCUUUGCAGUUCAGUAGGAUGUGUUUGAUAGUCAAUAGCAUUAGACAUAGAGGGCAGAACGAGGAGCAUCAUGCAAGUCUCAAAUGUCCCAGGGACCCGGGACCUAGAGAGGACAAUUUGAUCACGCCCGGCCGUACCGUUAGGAGAGGGAUCUUCUUUAAUUUCAUUGCAUUCUGACAUUUGUUAGAGGUGCUGCUGGUGUGUUGGUCGGACAUCCUUUUGAUACUGUUAAGGUGAGUUAAAUAUGUAUUUUUAAUUGAUAAUGUGUAUAGUUGAUGUAUGCGACUAUUUGUUAUGGAAGAAAAUUGAACAAAGCUCCAGAAUGAGCUUAUAACAAGAAAAUGAUGCGUUCAAAACCGUGUAUUGAAUCUAGGUCAACAUUGUUCUGGGGUUUCCUUUAUUUAAAACAAAACAAAACAACCUGUCCAUCACACAGGUUGGCUCGAGGGUCUGGUUGCGGGUUACAGUGUCGCAUGCAAAAGCACGCAGUAGCUGAACCUCUUUUCAUAUUUUGGCUGUGCAGUGUGUUCUCACAGUAACGUAUUGCUUGUUCCAACCACAGAUUAGAUGUCAUGAUCAUUUUGUGAAUGCUCUCUAAAGUAUGACCUUUCUCAUAGAAGAAAAUGAACACACACACACACGAACAUAUACGUGAAAGACUCUCAGCUCUGGCUCAGAGAGUAACUGUACACUGGUCCAUUUUCUUUGUGUGUGUGUGCGUGUGUGUGUGCGUGUGUGUCCUUUUUAGGGCACAAUUAACAUUAGUACAAUCUUGAGCUUGGAAUUUUAAGCUCGAUCUUAAUUCUAGGAUCAUGCCAAUCAAUCAUAUAUCAGUUUGGAUAGUAAAUACAGGAAAUAGUGUGAUAUCUAUUGAAAAGAGUGUUUAUAAAGAUGUUAGCUCGGUAUUAUGAUGAUUAUCAUGAAAUGAAACUGUUGAAGAUUCUAAAGGUCGCAGAGACUCGGUUCAGAGCUUUGAGAUACAAUGUGUUUCAUAGCCGCUGCCUAUUUUUCUUUUCUUUUUUCUUUUUUUCUUUUUAUCCUGUGUUCAUUGUGAACCCUGCUACAGGGGCUGUCUUUCACGGCAUAAGUGUUACUUUGUUGUAGAUGAGGGUGAGGGAUUUACAACCCCUGCACGGAUGGGUUACCUAGUAAGUACAGUCAAGGUGAGACUUCAGGUACAAAAUGUGGACAAGCCCCUGUAUCGUGGAACAUACCACUGCUUCCAGUCUAUUGUUCAUCAAGAAUCUAUUUUUGGGCUCUACAAAGGUAUUGGUUCCCCAAUGAUGGGCCUGACUUUCAUCAACGCCAUUGUAUUCGGUGUACAGGGCAACGCAAUGCGUAUGCUUGGCAAAGAUACCCCUCUUAAUCAGUUUCUGGCAGGCGCAGCAGCUGGGGCUAUUCAGUGCGUCAUUUGUUGCCCAAUGGAGCUAGCCAAGACUCGGAUGCAGAUGCAAGGCACGGGAGAGAAGAAGUCUUCCAGGAAGAUGUACAAGAACUCGUUGGACUGCUUAGUUCGCAUCUACAAGAAAGAAGGCAUUAGGGGCAUCAACCGUGGCAUGCUGACCACCAUUAUCCGCGAAACACCAGGAUUCGGAGUGUAUUUCCUGUCCUACGACGUCCUGACGCGUUCACUGGGAUGUGAAGCAGACGACCUCUACAUCAUUCCCAAGCUGCUCUUCGCAGGGGGCAUGUCUGGGAUUACCUCCUGGUUAUCUACCUAUCCAGUGGACGUUAUUAAGUCCCGCCUCCAGGCAGAUGGCAUAGGCGGAGUUCAUAAAUACAACGGAAUUAUGGACUGUGUCCACCAGAGCUGGCAGAGGGAGGGCUGGAGGGUUUUUACCCGAGGUCUAACCUCUACUCUUCUCAGAGCUUUCCCCGUCAACGCCACCACGUUCGCCACAGUGACUCUGUUCCUCAUGUACAUGCGAAAUGACGGCGGUGUAAAAGACUGCGAGCCUGAGCCUCAGUCUGUACAGCAAACACAGCUCCAGACCACAAGCCUGUGAGUGAAGGGGAUUGGAUCUCGUAUUCAGGCUCUUCACACAGAAUUAUUAUACAAUGCCUGUAUUUUUCCCUCUGUACGUACCCUGUUGGGAAUUUUAUUUCCCUUUUUAUCAAUUAUACUGGAAAACACUAUCAGCAAAAUUGUACCAGGUUUUAACGUUUUAUUUAUAAAGAGUAACACUGUGGGAAUAUUUUUUUUUUUUUUUUUUUUUUUUGACCCAAGUUUCUGAAAGAAACUCAAAGCGUGUUUUGCUAAGUUUAUCUCUACAGUGAGAUAGGGUUAAUGCUGCUAUGAUUUGUUUUUGUACUGAAUGUCCUCAGGAGGUAUGUUAUAAUCCAGGAAUUUGGAUUAAAUCAAGUUGGUGUGGGGAAAUAUAUGUGCAAGCAAAAUUGUUAAUGCUAAACUGUAUUAAACUGACUGAAGGUCAAGGGGAAGGGCAGGGGGUGGCCAUUUCAUUAGAAUGACAGAAAGAUAUGGGUCCAAAAAUAGGAUUACUCCGUCAAGUUCUUCAGCAGAAAUGACACAAUCUCUCCAGCUGUUUUUAAAAAAAUGUGCUGGUCACUCAUACACCAUAUGGCCAAAAGUAUGUGAACACCCGACCAUCACACCUACAUGUGCUUGCUGAAUAUCCCAGCUUUACAGCAAGCAUUAAUAUUUAGUUGGUCCACGUUUUUUCACUCUUCUAGGUAGGCUUUUCACUAGAUUUUGACUCUGGGGAUUUGUGUUCAUUCAGGCAACAAGGUUUUCAAUUGGUUUGAGAUCAGAGCUCUGAGCAGGACACUCAAGUGUUUCUACUCCAGCUUCUGCAAACUAUAGUUGAUUAGAUCAUACACCGACCAGACAUAACAUUAUGACCACCUGGGCACCCUGCAGUCUCGUACGCAACAAACUGCGAUGCUACGUGUAUUCUGACACCUUUCUAUCAGAACCAGCAUUAACUUCUUCAGCAAUUUGAGCAACAGUAGCUCGUCUGUUGGAUCGGAUCACACGGGCCAGCCUUCACUUCCCACGUGCAUCAAUGAGCCUUGACCGUCCAUGACCCUGUCGCCCGGUUCAACACUGUUCCUUCCUUGGACCACUUUUGAUAGAUACUGACCACUGCAGACCGGGAACACCCCACAAGAGCUGCAGUUUUGGAGAUGCUCUGAUCCAGUGGUCUAGCCACCACAAUUUGUCCCUUCGUCAAACUCGCUCAAAUCCAUCCUCUUGUCCAUUUUUUCCUGCUUCUAACACAUCAACUUUGAGGACAAAAUGUUCACUUGCUGCCUAAUAUAUCCCACCCACUAACAGGUGCCAUGAUGAGGAGAUCAUCAGUGUUAUUCACUUCACCUCUCACUGGACAUAAUGUUAUGCUUGAUUGGUGUAAGUGGACAGUUGAGAUGCAUAGACAGAUCCUGCCUGUAGAUCAGAUCAGAAGUGGACAGCUGAGACUCCAUAGACGUCCACACCUGGCAUUAUGAAUGCAUCUCCGGUCAUCAGAUUUCAUAUAUAGUUUCAUACAGUUUCAACAGCUAUAUGCUUCCAUCAUUGUGGCACCUAUUUGGGAAAGCCCCACAAUAGGGAGUGAUGACCUGCUAUUCACGUACUUUUGCCCAUGUAGUGCAUCUGCUCUGGAGUAAUUCAGUCCAUAUAGAAAACGGUGCUGCUGAGCUUCGAAACAACUUGGAUUUUUGCUUUGUCCGUCUCUCUCUCUCUCUCUCUCUCUCUCUCUCUCUCUCUCGGCAUUCCAAAGAAAAAAUGGAAUCUGAUUUGACGGUAAGCUUUAAUGCUUUUAACAUAGCAUAUCAAACUGUAGCUUAAAAAUCGCAAUUCAGUUAAAUCUUGAAAAUGUCAAAAGCAAAGCAAGCGUAAAUAUUCCUACAGCAUUUUCUGUACAGUACAACACACCGCUGUAGGUUUUCAGUGAGAAGACGUAAAUAACAGGAAUAAGACAAACCUCCUCUGUGUAAAGGUCAUGUAUAUAAUGUAUUAAAAAUAUCGCAUCAGAUGGAUCGUUGGCUGAAUUUGUACAGCAGUAAAUAAAAAAAAAAAAAAAAGAAAGAAAGGAGAAGAAAAAGACACCUCCCAGCUCUCAGCAGCACUGGUUACAGGGAACACGUCUCGAAAUCAUUACACAGUUCAACAAUAUUCUUUUUAAAGCUCAGUGAUAAUGUCUGAUGUCUGCACCUUAAUUAAUAUCAAUUACUCUCUUACCUUUUAUUACUCUAGGAUACGGUUUACCAGCUUCUUAAUUGCUGGUGCAUUAUUUUAGUGCUGUAGGAUCAUUUUAAAUAGUACGUCUGGUUUCAAUUACCUUAGAGAAGCUCUGCAGUGAUUUACCUACAGGCGUGUAGUUAGUGAUGCAUUUUUGUUUAUCUUUGUUUUUUUUAUGUUUAACACUAAGGCAAUAAAAUCAACAUUUAAAAUUUUUUUUAAUAUAAAUUCAAUAUUUUUAAUAAAAGGUCUCACACAUUCGUGUUUAUAAUUCAUUUUUUCAUCUUUUAUUUUUAUUUUUUUUUGGUCUGUCUUUUUACGUUACAUGGCAAAUGAAAUUGUGAAAACCAUUUCUACUUUCAUGAUUGUACAAAAUGGUAUUUAUUGAUGAAGUAAAGGGUAAUGGAAUUA